AUGUCAACCUCCACCGAGGCUCAGCGCGAGCGGGAGGUUCAGCGCUACCUCCAGAGCUGGCAGGUCGCCCAGGGUUCUUCUCUCAACGUCGCCACCAAUGUCGACAGUAUCGCGGCGCCUGACCUGCAGAGCACAGGCUACCAGGCCAAGGCGUCGCCGGACAGGACUCUCACGGCCUUCUCCCAGCUGGCCGUCCUCAAGCUCGACGUCAGGCGUGCCAUGGUGUCGCUGAUUGACUCUACCACUCAGACCAUCCUUUCCGAGGCCACUCGAAACAUCCAGCUGGGAGAGCUUGACAGCGAGGCUGCGGAAGAACCGGUGAACAGCACGAACAGCGACCUAUGGCUCGGCGCAACCAUCCUAUCCCGCCCGGAUGCUGUCUGCGAGCAUUCCCUCAUAAACACCUGCACCGCGAUAGACUCCCCGAAGGAUCGGCCGUACACCGUCCCAGGCCUCAUCGUCUCCGACUGCCGCUACGAUUCACGCUUCGCAACCCGUCCGUAUGUUCUGUCGGAGCCUGGUGUUCGAUUUUAUGCCGGCGUGCCAAUUUUCUCCCGAAACGGACACAGAAUCGGCUCCUUUGCUGUGUCGGAUGAGCGCCCUCAUGAUGGACUCACAAUCGAAGAGAUCAAGUUCAUGCAGGGCAUUGCCCAGACUGUGAUGGAGCACCUAGAAUGGGCAAGGGACCGUGUGGAUCGCUUCAAGGGUGAGCGUAUCGUUCGGGGAUUGGCGGCUUUCGUUGAGGAUUGCUUCACUUUGAACGACGACAACAUUUUGGCCAAGGACGAUGUAUCCCCGAACCCAACGACGAUUCGCCCUCCCGAGAUGGCGCUCAGCUCUUCGAAGCGCCCUCUUUCGACAGCCAAUGUUUACUUUCGUGGAUCCGGAUCCCCUCGAUCAUCCCUGCCGACGCGCCUACGACAGGCAGCGCCGAACUCUCCACCACAAUCGCCGCCGAGGAACAACUUCAAGCAAUUUAACAAGCAGAAGCCUGAUAGUAUAUCGAACCUCUACCACCGUGCGGCUGACAUCUUGCGACGCUCGACGCUCGCUGACGGUGUCGUCUUUCUGGGUGCCACAACCACAACCUCCAGACAGCUGAGCAAGGCCAUGAGGAUGGGAGGAUCAAAGUCGUCCGACGAGGACGAGCAGUCGCUACCAGUCACUUCAGGCUCUGAAGGCGUGGGACUCGACAGCUCUGACUCCGACACAUCACCCGCGGCGAGGCCUUGUAAAAUCCUGUCCUACUCCAUCACUGAUGAGCAGACACGCGCUGGCAUGGAGCAGGGUCCUCCUCUUUCACUCGGAACACUCGAAAAGUACUUUUCCAUGUUCCCCAUGGGGAAAACGUUGUCCUUCACUGAGACUGGAGCUGGUGUUUCCUCAGAAGAUGAUAGUGCAAGCGACCGAGAGCUCAUCAGAACAGGGCCCCAGGCAGGCGAGAAAACCGGAGAAGGAAACAGGCGCCGAAAAAUCAGGAUGGACCACGAAGAGCUUCUCAAGAAAAUUCCCGGCGCAAAGUCUGUGGUCUUCGUCCCUCUUUUCGACUACAGCGAAGACAGAUUUGCUGGAGGUUGCUUCUUGUGGACGUCAGUCACUGGGCGUAUGAUGAACCUCGACCAAGACCUCUCCUAUCUGCGAGCUUUCAGCAACAGCAUAAUGACUCAAGUUGGACGUAUCAACACACAGAAGAACGAAGCCGCAAAGACGACAUUCAUUGCCAGCAUGAGUCACGAGCUGCGCAGCCCUCUUCAUGGAAUUCUAGGCUCAGCAGAACUUCUCAAGGACUCCGAUACAGAUACAUACCAAGCGGGCCUCGUAAACUCCAUCUCUACUUGCGGCAAGACGCUCCUCGAUACUCUGAACCAUGUUCUCGACUACAGCAAAAUCAAUCGAUUGGGACGUGCGCAAAUGAGGAAAAGCGCAAGGCAAAACAGGCCCGUCGUCCUGUCUUCUGACUCUCUUGAGAGUCUAAGCAUGACGGCAGUCGUAGAUCUCGGUGUUCUUGUUGAGGAAGUUGUCGACGCUAUUGCGGCAGGCCACUCAUUCAAGAAACUUGCGGGCGCAGCCGCGCUGGGAUCAACAAAAGCAACUGCAGGUCAACUCGGAGGACCCAUCGAGAUUGGCAAGUACCAAGCUCCGGGAGCCGACGGGCCUGUCUCGGUGUUGGUUGACAUCUGUCCGAAGACUUCAUGGAUGGUUAAGACGCAACCAGGCGCUCUCCGCAGGAUCAUUAUGAAUCUCUUUGGCAAUGCUCUAAAGUAUACCACGUCAGGAUUUGUGCUUGUUUCUCUUACCGGUCAAGCCAGGUCAGAUGGGUCCAAGGUCAAUGCUCUGAUCAGGGUUGCAGAUACUGGCAAGGGCAUAAGUGACGAUUUCCAGCAAAACCGUCUGUUUAUUCCCUUUAGCCAGGAAGACUCAUUCCAGCCUGGUACCGGCCUUGGACUGAGCAUCGUCAAGCAGAUUGUGGACUCUCUUGGCGGCACUCUAGAAGUCAAAUCUGAGCAAGGCAGGGGAACAGAGGUUGACGUGCAUCUCCGGCUCGCACCUGUUUCUGAUCCAGCAGCUCAUCAACCUGAUGAGGCCAUUCGAUCGGUCGCGGAACAAACAAAAGGCAAGAAGCUUGUGCUCUUGAACGGAUACACCACACCACAGCCAGCGUCUGUCACUCGACAAGUUUCCAAGAUUAACGAGGUGCUUUUCAACACUUGUUCAAAUUGGUUUGGAAUGAAGGUGGACAAAGAAACCAACAAAAACGUAUCAGACGCCGACAUGUUCGUUUACUGUGAACCACCUCCUAUUGAGGUACUUGAAAAGCGAUUCCGCGACCAUCAAACGCCCUCAGCACGAAAGGUUCCGAUCAUUAUUGUCUGCCAAAAUGCGGAAGAAGCGGUUCAGAUUUCUCAUAAACAUACAAAGGUCUUGGGCCAGAUGUCUCAGAUCGUUGAGGUGAUACCACAACCUUGUGGUCCACGAAAGCUAGCCAAAGUCUUUAGCAACUGUUUGAAGAGAGCAGAAGCUGCUGCAAAGGCACCAAAUGGAGAGAGUAUCUCGGUCACCGCAUCAAAUGCCGACAUGGAGCCAACGAUCAAGGAACUCCGGAUGGGCACACCACAACCAGACGACAGAGUCAUUGUACACUAUGACCAGCCUCCUGAAGAAGUCAAAGAGGAGCUAGUUUCGUCUCGUGCAAUCAGCAAAUCGCUAGGCACGGUGCAAGUAAAGGAAAUUGGCGGGACCGACUUGAAGGAGCGCAAAGACAGCAAGCUGCACGUCUUGCUGGUGGACGACAAUAAGAUCAACCUGAAGCUUCUGGUGAUGUUCAUGAAGAAGUGUGGCUACUCGUACGAGGAGGCAGAAAACGGACAAGAAGCGGUUGACAGGUUCAAAGAAGCUUCGGGCGUCCACAUUUCAGAAGACGCACCCGAAUACGAGAGACCGCGUCGGUUCGACUUCAUCCUCAUGGACAUCAGCAUGCCGAUACUCAAUGGAUUUGAAGCAACCAGGUAUAUCAGGGAGUUUGAGCGCGAACACCGGAUGCAACCGCCGACGAAUGUUAUCGCGCUGACGGGUCUUGCGAGCGCUGACGCAAGAAGGAACGCCGAAUCUGUGGGUAUUGAUGUGUUUAUGCCGAAGCCGGUACGAUUUGCGGAGUUGAAGACGUUAUUGUUGGCAGCUGAGACGCACGGGCGAUGA